AUGCACCUGCGUUGCAUGUUGGAUUGCGGGGCCAAUAAAUCCUUCAUCUUGAGAGGGGUGGUCGAGGAAUUGGGGUUGAAAACAGUGGGCAGGGAAGUUCUAGCUAUUCACACUUUCGGAAGUAAAACCGCUGAGCGUCGUGCUUACGAUAUAGUGGAGAUUACGUUAAGGAAUGUACAACACCCGACUCGGUGUGUUAAAAUACAAGCGGUUGUUAAUGGCUCGAUUACGUCGGCGAAAAUUCAUACUCCAUCGCAGUUUGUUAGAAACAUAGCAUUGGAAAAGGGAAUCGAGUUAGCAGAUGUUAGUACUUCUGAGAGGAUUGAUGUUUUGAUUGGUUCGGAUUAUAUUUCAGAGAUUUUAGGCGAAAGGAAUAUAAGGAUUAGUAAAAGAUUGAUUGCAGCUGAUAGUAUUUUCGGAUAUUUGCUACUGGGAAAGGAGAUGGGAAUUGAUUGUAAGGAGAUAUCUGCUAACCAUUUGAUCGUCGAGGGUGAGGAAUCGAGCUUUGAUAGGGUAAAAGAUUUGUGGUUAUUAGAAACGAUUGGGAUAAAUAUGGAUAAAGAAGAGUCUCUUUCAUAUAAAGAAACAUUUAAAUCGUUUCAACAAAAUACGACGUAUAAAGACAAAAGAUACGAAAUUCGUUUGUUAUGGAAGGAGGAUAAUAAGGCAUUACGCAGUAAUUAUGAAAUUGCAAAGCGUCGUUUAUUCGGUUUAAGCAAAACAUUAGAUAGAAACAAAGAAUUAUUUGUUAAAUACGAUGGCAUCAUUAAAGAACACUUAAGAGAAGGUAUUAUAGAACGAGUAGAUUUGAAUUUAGACAAAAAUAUAAACACAGGUUAUUUUGUUCCACAUCAUGCUGUAGUGCGAGAACGGAAGGAUAGUACAAAGGUUAGGAUUGUCUUUGACGCAUCAUCAAAGGGAAAAGGCACGUUAUCAUUAAACGAUUGUUUAGAGAGCAGACCGAACUUAAAUCCUGAUUUACUUGAAAUCUUGUUACGGUUUAGGUUAAACAAAACUGCAUUUAGUGCAGAUAUUCAGCGCGCCUUUUUAGAAGUAGGAAUAGCCGAGGAAGAUAGGCAGUUUUUAAAAUUCUUAUGGAUAAAAGAGGAUUGUCCUAAUCCCGGUUUCAGCCCUCACAAUAUCGAAACAUUCCAAUAUAAAAGAGUCACCUUUGGAGUGAAAUGCAGCCCAUUCUUACUUGCCGCAGUUAUUAAACUGCAUUUAGAAAAAUUCGAAAGUGAAUAUGAAGAAGCAUGUAAAAUGUUGAGCUAUUUGUACGUGGAUGACCUAGCAGCUGGCACGUCAAGCGUUUCCGAAACUAUAAAAUUGAGCAAAGAAAUGAUUUACAUUCUAAGUCAGGCCAGCAUGAAUCUUCGAAGAUGGGCUACGAACUCCCCAAUUCUAAAGGAAGCUUGGAAACAAGCUAAUGUUGACUGUCGUGAAACAUCUGAAGAAUUAGGUGUACCAUUAAAAAUUCUUGGACUCAUUUGGGACAAUACCAACGAUAAAUUUACAAUAGACAUUCAUCAAAUUUCUAAGAUGAAGGACAGUAAUCUUUCAAAGCGAUUGAUUCUGAGCAUCUGUGGGAUGCUGUUUGAUCCAUUGGGGAUGAUAACCCCUUUUACUGUCAGAAUGAAAUUAUUAUUACAGAACACCUGGGAACGGGAGCUGAAAUGGGAUGAACCACUACUACCGGACAUUCAAGAGACAUUUCUGUCAUGGCUGGAUGAGGUAAAAACUAUCCCUCAGAUUUCUUUGCCUCGUCCUUACCUUCUUGAUGCAGAGACUCCAAUGGCUGAAAUUCACAUUUUCUCCGAUGCAAGCCCAAAAGCUUAUGGUUGUGUGGCUUACUUCAGGAAAGUGACCAACGGGAAGAUUACAUCUGAUCACUUCUUCUGGUCGGAUUCGCAAAUUAGCCUUCAUUGGAUAAAAGGAGACCCUCUACGAUGGAAGGAGUUUGUGAGAAAUCGCGUACGGGAGAUCCAGGAGAAAACCAAUCGAGACCAGUGGAAUUACUGCAGAGGAAAGACGAACCCCUCAGACAAGUUAACCCGAGGACUGUCUAUUCGAGUGUUAGCGCAAGAUGAUGAUUGGUGCCAUGGUCCAGACUGGUUGUUUAACCCAGAUCUAUGCCUUGACAACACAGUGAACAGCGAAUUCAAUGAAGUUGAAGUAGCAAACGAACUAAAGAAAGACUAUGUUCCAGCGAGCAACCUAGUAAUGACUGUAACUGGAACAAAUUGUGAUGAUUUUCUAGACAAACUUCUCAAAAUCACAAAUGACUAUGUAAAACUUAUUUGUAUUAUUUCAUAUAUUUUUAGAUUUUCAGUUAAUUACAGGUACCCUCAGUCAAGGAUUGCAGGGCCCAUUACGGCUGGUGAAAGGAUUCAGGCAGAAAACCAAUUAAUCCGAAUGGUUCAACGUGGUAAGUUUAAGGAGGAAAUUGGGGAUUUGAAAAGAGAAUCUAUUGAAUGGAAGUUCAUUCCACCUAAAUCCCCGAAUUUCGGAGGUAUUUGGGAAGCCGGAAUUUUUGACCACCCUAGACUGAAUGAUAAGGUCCUGUACUAUGCGAAGUUGACAAAUAAAGAUCUACCUCUUAUGUACCUUGAUCCUUCCAUCAAGGUGAUAAAGCUUCAUCUUCAAAUUCGUAGGAUCAUCGAUCGGAUUCACAAUGCGAUCGUGACAAAUCCUCUCCUCGAAGAUUCAGCGUCUUCAAUUUGUGCUGGAUUCAGCUUCGUCUAG